AUGGGCCUGGAGCAUGUGCUAGGUGAGUUGCCACAACUGGAGAAGGACAUUGUCAAAGACCCCAAGUUUAUCCUUGGAGGAGCCACCAGAACUGACAUUUGUCAAGGGGAUCUUGGUGACUGCUGGCUAUUAGCAGCCAUUGCUUCUCUCACACUGAAUGAAAAAACACUAGCAAGAGUGGUGCCACUGGAUCAAAAUUUUGGGCCAGAUUAUGCUGGAAUAUUUCACUUCCAGUUUUGGCAGCACAACGAGUGGCUGGAUGUUGUGAUUGAUGACAGAUUACCCACCUUCAAGGGCCAACUGUUUUUCCUGCACUCAGCUGAACUCAAUGAAUUUUGGAGUGCCUUACUAGAGAAAGCCUAUGCCAAGUUGAAUGGCAGCUAUGAGUCUCUGAAGGGUGGCAGUACAAUAGAAGCCAUGGAAGAUUUCACUGGGGUUUUAGGAGAAAUGUAUGAUGUUAAGGUGGCUCCCAACAAUUUCUAUGAAAUCCUAGAAAAAGCCCUGAAAAGAUGCUCAAUGGUGGGCUGUUCUAUUGAUACCUGCAGUGCUGCCGAGUCAGAAGCCCGAACCCCAUUUGGCCUUGUAAAAGGCCAUGAGUAUUCUGUGACUGGCAUUGAAGAGGUGAGCUAUAGGGGCCAGCAAGUGCAGCUUAUAAGGAUAAAGAACCUGUGGGGAGAGGUAGAGUGGAACGGCCCUUGGAGUGACAACUCUGCAGAGUGGCACUCAGUCAGACCAUCAGAGCAGAGAUGCCUGUCUCAGGCAGCACGGGAUGAUGGAGAGUUCUGGAUGAAGUUUGAAGACUUCAAAGUGCAUUUUGACAAAGUUGAGAUCUGCAAUCUGCAAAGUUGAGAUCAUUAUUGAGAUCAUCUGCCAGAUGCCCUGGAAGACAGUACUACCCACAAAUGGGAAUUGACCAUCCACCAAGGCAGCUGGGUCUGGGGAGCCACCGCAGGAGGAUGUAUAAAUUUCCUAUAAACUUUCUGGACAAAUCCACAAAUCAAGCUGCAUUUGACUGAGAAGGACGAUGGACAAGAUGACUGAUGCAAAAAGGGUCGACGUAAACUCAAGAAGCUUGGAGCUGAAAUGCUGACCAUUGGCUACUCUAUUUAUGAGAGCCCAAGCAGAGAUGGACACUUGGGCAAAGACUUCUUCAGGUACCACCCCUCCAAGGCCAGGAGCAAAACCUACAUAAAUUUAAGGGAAGCAUCCCACCGAUUCAAGCUGCCACCGGGCGAUUACAUUCUUAUUCCGACCACAUUUAAGCCACACCAGGAGGCAGAUUUCUGCCUGAGGAUCUUCUCUGAGAAGAAGGCCAUCAUUGAGGAUCUAGAUGAAAAGGUUGCCAUUGAUCUUCCUGAGCCUCUAAAUCCAACCCCAAGCCCACAAGAAACUGAAGAAGAAAAGCAAUUCCGGACACUGUUUGAGCAGAUUUCAGGAAAGGACAUGGAGAUAUCUGCAGAAGAGCUUGAAUAUGUUCUGAAUGCUGUGUUAAAAAAAACAAAGAACAUAAAAUUCAAGAACUUAAGUCUCAUUUCAUGCCGAAAUAUCAUUUAUCUUAUGGAUACCAGGGGCAACGGGAAACUGGAAUUCAGUGAGUUCAAAGUUUUCUGGGAAAAACUGAAGAAAUGGAUAAGUAUCUUUCUUCAAUUUGACUUUGAUAAAUCUGGCUGCAUGUCCUCUUACGAGCUUCAUGGUGCUCUUAAAGCUGCAGGAUAUCAGCUCAACAAUUACUUGCUGCAACUGAUUGUCCUCCGAUACUCUGAUGAGCAGUUCCAGAUUGAAUUUGAUGAUUUUCUGAACUUUAUACGCUUGGAGAAUGCGAGUCGAGUAUUCCAAGCACUGAGUGUGAAAAACAAGGAGUUCAUUAACCUGAAUAUAGGCGAGUUUAUCAACCUGGCAAUGAACAUCUGA